AUGUCGAUCUCUUCUACUAAGAAUUCUACGAACACCAAUGCUGUUGCCUGGUAUAAAGACCUGAAUAUCAGUGAAAAGUAUCACAUCAUCUCAUAUUUUCCUGGUAAUGGAACCAACAUGUCUGCCCCCCUGUACACUUCUAGGGUCACAUCUAUAUCUGAUAAGUUAUUAGAGAUCUCAAAUCUUCAGAUCACAGAUACAGGGAAGUACUCAGUGACCAUAAACUCACUGGAAUCCAUAGAAGAAGCCUUUAUUGUCAUCACAGUCUACGAGGCAAUAGGUAAACCCAACCUCACAGCGUCAACUACCAUACCCAAGGAGACUGACACCAUCACCCUGAUCUGUCAGAUUGCCAAUAUUACAAAUAUAGCCUGGACGGGACCUGGAAUGAUUUUUCGGAAUAAAACUAUCGUAUCCAAAGAUAACAGGACGGUUACUGUACCCAAUAUUACAUGGAGAUACACUGGGUUUUAUACCUGCGAAGCACGGAAGCCUCCCAUAUCAUCUCUUAGUAACUCUUUGUACAUUGAAGUGGCAUAUGGCCCAGAACAAUUGAAAAUCAAAGGCACACUUACUGUGGGUUUUGGUUCUCAAAUCUUAUUGAUAUGUAUAGUCGACUCUGUACCACAACCGGACUUCCAGUGGAAACAUAAUAAUAAAUAUUUAGAGACUCACAAUACAAACAUAAUGAAAAUUGCCAAUGCCAGAUUCAGUGACCAAGGAACCUAUACCUGCGAGGCCAAAAACCGGAGGACCCUAUUUAAUGCCACUGGCACGGUUACAGUGAGUGUAUCGGCAGCAAGUGUUAUUGGAAUAACGAUCACCUUUGUCAUCAUUCUGAUUAUUAUUGGAGGUGUCGUAAUGUUCAGGAAACGUAUCUUCUCUGACACAGACGAGCCGUGUGAGGAUUCUGAUGAGGAGACGGAGAAUCCUGCGUCUGAUGAGUCCCCAAACAACGCCAAGAAUCAAGAACCCGAAGAAGAAUUCUAAUACAUAGUUAUUGAGCAGGUUGAAUGAGGAGGACAACUACCUGACUCCACCACAAGAUGGCGCAAAUAACUGCUCAGUUUCUCAACGACUACAAUUAUCCGCAAUUCGUAGUUAUCUCGGGUCUAGAAUUUCACAUCUGUAGUCACAUGACCGGACCGAUUCGCAGCAACAGCAAAAAAGAUACAGAUGUAGCAGAGCUGAAUUUUUCACUUUUCAUUUGACGUUUUCUAUUUAUUAAAGGGGUUAUAUUAUGUUAUCCAGGAAUAGAAAAACAGAGAUACUGUCUUCCAAAAACAGCACCACUGUUCUAAUAAAAAUAAAGUUAGUUCAAAGCAGCCCCCCAAAAAGUACAGAUUUUGUCAUUUUAAAGUAGAAAUAUUUUGUAGACUUCAUAGA